AUGCCUUCCCGCACUGAUGACACUGCCCCCCUCAACCGUGACGACUCUGAGGACACUCAUGAUACUUUCCUCGCGGACGAUGACAAGUCCAAUUCCUCCAUUGACGAGAGCCACUACGAAGAGCUCCCAGAUAACACCAACGUCUCUCAGGAUGCAAUUGCACCGGGCCAAGCCCCGGCCGCCAUGCUCCCCGAGGAGGUCCAGGAACCGCGUGUCGAUCACUCAGGCACCCGUGUCCGACUUGUUCCAUUUCCCUCUCUUGCCGAUCGCACCAGUACCUUACAGAAUCCGCGAGAUGCCCUCCGCACAGGACACCCCGGAAAUCCCGCCACCAUGACCAACCCCUUUCGCUUCCCGGCUGGCGCUCCCACGGAGUCGGCCGAGCGGUCAGCCGUGCGGGAUGACACCUCAUCGUCAACCCCACGACUUCCCACGGUGUCCCCUGCCGCGACCUCCUUCGCGGACCAGGCAUCUAGGCUGAACAGCCCGGGCCACAGGCGUACAGUCAACUUCGCAGCUUCUCAGCCGCCACCCAGUUGUCUGGCUUUUUCGUCCACGGCUCGUAUUGUGAAUGGCAGAACCCCAUACCCACCGGGCGAAUAUCCGGCCCGGGUGCUCAGCGAACUCCAGCAAUCAGCGAGCUCCGCUGCUGCCGUGACCGCCGGCACGGGUUGUGCAAGCCCGGGUGGCCAACUCUGGCACGGUCCCAUGAUCGAUGCCCUCCGGAAGGACCGAGAGCGGGCGAGGAUGGCUUCCAGACCACGACGUACGGGCCUUCUUAGACUGAACGUGGGUCCAGGGGCACGCACAAUCGGCCGCCGCGGGGGCCUUAACCACCCCCGCGGAAGAUGCGGGAACCUGAGCACAUGCACUCGUAACCGCACAUGCACUCAUAACCUGGCAAGUGCGAACCGGGCAACCGCCAGCGGCGAGUCGUCGCAAGCGUUCGCUGCCCAGGACCAGGCCAUUAGAGAGGCCCGGGACUUGCUGCAUGAGGCCUUCGAACAGCGCAGAGCAAGCAGAGAAGCUCAGCAGCAGGAAGACGAGGACGCGGAGGAAGAUGAGGAGCCGGCCUCCAAGACCGAGGGCGAGCGCAUGGAUGAGGACUCCUAG